AUGGCGUUGGAUGUGCACGGGACCGGGUGCAUCGAGGAGGCCUUCGGGAUCGCGGAGCGGGUGGUGGCCGUCUUCGGGGAGCAGCUCCUGCGCGGCGUCCGCGACAUGCACGAGCGGCACUACAUCCACCGCGACAUCAAACCCGGCAACGUCCUCGUGAACGAGCACGGCGUCGUGAAGCUGAGCGAUUUCGGCCUCUCCCAGCGCUGCGAUCCGAGCGGGAUGGGGAUCGUCAACCGCUACUACGGCAGCCGGCCCCGCCAUCCCGGGCAUCGCCGCCGCGGGGAACGGCCCCCUCCCCCUCCUCCUCCCCCCGUUCUCACCGCGGCAGGGGGGGGAGGGCGGCCUUCUUCGCGCCCCCGCCGACUCGCCCAGCCUUCGAGCCUGCUCAGCAUCGACUCCGACCUCAGCCUCGGCCUCGCCGGCGGCGAGGCCGACGACGGGAUGGACGUGUUGGACGCGUCCUCCACGGCGUCGUCGGCGUCGGCGUCGGCGUCGUCGUCGUCGUUCGCCUCGUCGGGGGGGAAGGGGGACCCCGACAGCCCCAGCGACAGGGCGGAGGGCGCGAGGACGGAGGAGGAGGGGGACAUCCUCUGCUCCGGGACGAUCCUUUAUAUGAGCCCCGAGCGGCAGCGGGGGGAGCCGCACGGGAAGCCGAGCGAUAUCUGGGCGGUCGGCAUCACCCUGGCGGAGUUCGCCGCGGGGGAGUACCCGUACGACUUGGAGGGCUGCGCGGAUGAUUUCGACCGAAUGCAGCGCAUGGGGCGCCCGAUCGACCUCUCCCGGUUUAAUCUUCGGCGAUACGUCCCGCUGAGCUCGGUCUUUCAGGAUUUUAUUGGCCUGGCGACGCUGCCGGUCGCAUCGCAGCGGCCGACCGCGGGGGAGCUCUUGGAGCACCCGUUCUUCCGCCAGUGGAGCCGACCGUUCUACCUCAAGGAGUACCUCCAUAGCCGGGUUCCUAUGCCGUCGAAUAAGUUUAAGGAGGAGUACUUGGCCGCCAAGCGAGCCGCCGAGGCCGCGAAGGCGAACACCCUCCAUUACGACGUGGCGGCCACCCUAUCAAAUUUUGAGCCAUGCGAAGGGUCAAUGGAGAGGGAAAGAGGAGAACUAUAG